AUGGCUGCGGCUGGGAACUCGUUCUCCGGCGGCGGCUCGGCGGCAGUGCGGCUGCCGCGGUCGCCGCCCGUCAAAGUGCUGGCGGGGCAGCUGCGGCGCGACGCGGCGGGCGGCCCGGGCGCGUGGCGGCUGUCGCGGGCUUCCGCGGGCCGCGAGCCGCUGGAGCUGGCGGCCGUGUGGAUGCAGGGCACGGUGAUGGCGGCGAGCGGCGGCGAGGCGCAGCUGCGGGACCCGAGUGGCUCCUUCUUGGUGCGCGGGCUGGAGCGGGUGCCGCGCGGGCGGCCCUGCCUCGUCCCAGGGAAGUAUGUGAUGGUGAUGGGAGUGGUGCAGGCCUGCAGCCCUGAGCCGUGCCUUCAGGCUGUGAAGAUGACAGAUCUCUCGGAGAACGCCAUCCACGAGAGCAUGUGGGAACUAGAAGUGGAAGAUCUGCACAGGAGCAUUCCUUAGGUGGCGCUGCAGCGGUCGCUGAAAUCCAGCUCGGGGGCCGGCGCUGGGGCAAAGGGAAAGCCACCACCUGCAGCGCCGGCAUUCCAUACGGAUGCCGGUUCUCCACUCUGCUCCAGCUCCCUGUUCACAACUUGGAAAAGGCAGCGGAAGAUGGCCCACGUGUUUGAGCCCCUGCCGCUCAUACUGGAGACCUAGAAGAAGCUCCUGGCUUCAGCCUGGUCCAGCCUUAGCCGUUACAGCCAUCUGGGGGGUGUACCAGCAGAUGGAUGGCUCCGAGUUUCAAAUAUAUAAAUCAGUCUUUUUAAAAAAAAAAAAAAAAAAAACAGCUGUCUGAAGUGCUCUGGGUGCGCGGACUCCAAGCAGGAAGUGGAUCUCGGUGUUUCUUGGAGACUGCGCUUUGUGACCAAGGAAUCCCGACGCCGGAUUUACCGUGACUGCAGCGUCCAGUGCCGCCUCUCUCCUGGACUGUGCUUGCUGAUGAAAAGCAGAUGCUGGGUUCUUUUCUGCUUUGGGGUUUCAGUUUGUGUGUGUUCAUCUCUUUCUCUCUCUCUCUCUCUAAGGCACAGAAACCUUAUGUUGCAUUUUCCAAGUUUGAAGAGCAAUGAUACUUUCUCCAUGCCUAAGGCCCCGCUGUUUUCCGAUGCCAGGCUGGGAUCAGUCGUCGCCCUUGAUGGUUGACGUGUGGUCACAGGAAAGAACGCAGACUCCGUGAAGGCACCAAAGACAUCGUGGCUCUUUGUCCACUCCCUCAGCAGCUUCCACAUCCAUCCGGUUCCUGAGUCCUGUGGCGUCCCAGCAGCAGGCCUGAGAGGCCCCUGGAAGCUACAGCUCUCUCUGCCCCGGCGCUACCAAACAUUCAAGAUCAGCGAUGCCUUCUUCGGUCCCUUGGAGCUGUUGAGCCGUUUUUGAAAUUUAGGAAAAAUAUCAAGACUGAGAAUGCCUUUUGGUCACAAGCCAGACUUGCACCUUGUAAUUCUUGGAGAGACCCGGGAAGGGAGCAGCAUCCUGCUCUAGAGCCUCCUUGUCCGUAGGCCUGACUUGCUGCUGCGUUCAUAGCGAAUGUCGGGGUUCUGCCCUCUGCCCGUGCCCCGUGCCUGACUUUUCUUUAGAUUGUAAAUAUCAAGGGACUCAGAUUAUGUUCCGAUGCUGCUGUAGAGCUUGAACUGGAUUUUUAAUAUUCCACCACUAAUAAAAUUUUUAUAUGCUGUAUUGUUUUAAAAGUAGACUUUCUUUUUUUAGAGCAGUUUUAGGUCCACAGAGAACUCGAGCAGGAAGUGCAGAGAGUUCCUGUAUAUUCCACACUCACGGCCCACCCUCCUGGUCUCCGUGGUUGCUGACAGCUUGGUAGUGUGGUACACUGGUCACAGCUGGUAGACAUUCGAUGACAUUGAGUGUUACAUUGAUGCAUUCCUAAUUAAAGCUGAUCGCUUA